AUGCCUCCCAAGAAGAAAGCCAGACAUAUAUCUCCGGAAAACAAUUCCAGGAAGGAUUCCAAGCCCUCUCGACAGAGUGUACGAUCGAAGCGAGGUGUUGGAGGUCACGCAGCCCAGCUGCAAAAAGCUGGUGAGAUGGUGAUGGCCCCAACAAGGCAAAGGAAGGGCGCUAUUGAGAUGAGUGAUUCGGAAGAAAAUCCUAUGGCUCCUUCGCAAGUCGCGAGAGCAAAUAAAAAAGCUCCUGCAAAGGCCAAAGCUAUACAGCCAGAACGCCAAUGUGCUCGCUCUCCACGUCCAUUCCUCCGCACUGCACACCACUCUGAUAGGUUUGGGUUCAAGUCGCCGUCUGCUACAAACCUAACCCGACCUAGCCGCAGCCAGAACAAGACUAGAGAGACUGCUACGCUCGAGCGCAACACUUACGAAAAUGACAUGCAAGACAAUGAAGAUUUUUUCAAAAAUACUGACGACAGCCACCAGCAGCAUGAACAAGACGAACAAGAUGAACUAGAUGGUGAACAUGACGACAAACGAGAAGAUGCACAGGACAACAAGCAGGACAAUGAUCAGGACAACAAUCAAGACAACAAUCAGGACAUAUCGGAACAACAACAACAACAACAACAACAACAACAACAACAACAACAAGACCAUGAACAAGAUGAAUGCAGUGAAUGA